AUGACAGGAGAGGAGGAACUGGAGGAUGUAGGAGUGGGAGAGAUGGAAGAGGAUGCGAAUGAAGCAGUAGAGGAGGUAGUAAUGGAGGAAGAUGAGGGAAAGGAGACGGACAUAGAUGGAGAAGAGGAAGAGGCGUUGGGGAAGGAAGAGGAGAAGCGAGUGGAGAGAGUAGAGAAAGAGGGACCAAAACAGAAAUUGGGAAAGAAGGACUGGGCAAAGGAAGAUGAUGAAGAAGUAGAGGGAGAGGAGGGAGAGGGGGGGUACUUAGGGCAGGUAAAUGAAGGAAUAGAAAAAGUUGAAGAGGAGGGAGAAAAAAGGGAGUUGGUGAACAGAGAAGAGGCGGAAGAGUUGGGGGCAGAAAAGAAGAAGAGGAAGGUAGGGAUGAAAGAGGUGGAAAAAUGGGAGGAGGAGUUGGGGGAGGAAGAGCGAGAGGAGAGAGCAGACAAGACAGAUCUGGAAGAGGACUUGAGGGAGGAGAAGGAUUGGGCAGAAGAGGACAAUGGAAAAGUAGAGGAAGAGGAAAAAGGGGCAGAAAAUGGGGAAUUCUUGUGGCAGGAAAAGAAGGGGGUCAAAGAGGUUGAAGAGAAGGAGGCAAUGGAGGAAGAGGACGAGGAGUGGGAGCAAAAUAAAGGUGGUUUCAGUGAGGAACAGGACAGAGAACAGAGAUGUGUGGACAAGGAGGCUCAAAAUCACCAAAAAGCUGCUGGAGGACAUGAUGACAAUGAAAAACUGGAGAAAAAAAGAAACCAUUUCAUGGAAUCUAUUGCUGCCCUCAACUUGGAAGCAGUUGAAGAUGCUCAGCAAGACGAUCUAAAUGAAUGUCAAAGUUUUGAGGACACACAGACAGAAGACACAAAUGGCAGACAACAAGAUGAAGGCCCCGGUGAUCGAGAAGAUCCCCCAGUGUACACCCAAGGGGGCAGAAAACUGGACCAAAUGGCAGAGGGGGGCCCAGAGGAUCACCUGGCCUUGGAGGAAGAGCAAAGAAAACCUUGGAGCAAUGAAUGCUGCAUUACUGAGGCUUUGACAACUCAGGUGGAAAGGAGAGGCAAGGAAGGAGGACAAUGGAAAAAGGAAAAUAGUGAGUCCAAAGAUGAUGAAGAAACAGAUACAGAGUCCCAGAGUCAUAAAAAUAGAGUCCCAGCUCUGCUGGCAACUCAGUUUCAAGAUAGACUCGAGAAGCCCUCAGAAGACCAAGAGGGGACGACAGAUGAAGAGGAAAUAGAAUUUGAACAUUUAACAGAAGAGGACACAGAAUCCGAGGUAGAAGAUGUGCUAAAGGUUUACAGCAAAGAUGACCAUCCCACAGACAUAUUCCACACCCUGAAGGAGUUCAGGGAGUCGUCCCUCCUGACUGACCUGACCCUGAGCACUGAAGAUGGGGAGAGGAUCCCCGUACACUCCCCUGUCCUGGCUGCUGUCAGCUCUCUCAUCCGAGAGAGACUAUGGAAGGGUGAUAGACAAAAUACACAAAUAGAAACAGCUAAUAAUUACAUGAAUGCAAAGGCCCAGAGGUGGUCAGUGUCUCUGUGUCCAGAAGUAUCUUCUCUAGGGUUGCAUGCAGUUUUGGAGUUUGCAUACACAGGAGCAAUUUCAGCUUUUAACAGAGGCACCGGAGGCCUGAUCCAGACAGCAGCUUGUGUACUUGGGGUCCCCAGAGUUCUGGACCUCUGCAACGAGGAGGAGGAGAAGUCGAUGACCAAUGAUGACAAGAAGGCUGAGUGGAGGAUUUCUGCAUCCGAGCAAAUGAAUGUGACUCUCCAGUCGAUCAGAGAAAUGUGGGUGGAGAAAGUGGGCUGUGAUGUCAUUCUGGAAGCUGUCAAGGGAUCACUUCAGGUCCACAGAGUAAUCCUGGCCGCCAGCAGUGACUAUUUCAGGGCCAUGUUCACUAGUGGAAUGAAGGAAUCCUAUCAGCACUGUGUCACCCUCCCCUUCAUCCAAGCUUCUGAGUUAGAGGCUUUAAUUGGCUGCUCUUACAGCGGGAUGCUUCCCCUCAGAUGGGGGUGUGUUUUUGAGAUCACUGGAACUUCUCUCCAGCUCCAAUACCAGCCAGCCCUCUCGUUAUGCUUUGACUUCAUGCAACAAGAGAUAAAUCCUCAUUCCUGCCUGGAUGUAGUGUCAUUUGCUGAGGCCUACAAGAUGGUACAGCUCCUUGAAGUAUCUGAAGAUUUCGUCCUGCGACAAUUCCAAAAGGUGGCUCGUACCUCUAAGUUCAAGGACCUACCUGCCAAACAGCUCCUGAGAUAUCUAAACAGCCACUCACUCUGUGUCUCAUCUGAGCUUGUUGUUUUCAGAGCUGUGAUGGCCUGGAUCCAAGCUCACCCCAAGACGACGCUCAAGCUUGCAAAGGAACUGAUGAAAACCAUCCAGUUUCCCCUCAUGACUUUCAAGGAAUUCAAAGAGGUUCAAACCAUGAACAUAUUGUCUAACCACUGCCUGGCGGAGCUCUAUGAGACUAUCUUUGAGGAAUUUUGCUCCAAUAGCACCACACCCCAGAGCCAAUGCCGCAUCUACAUGCCAAAAGAAAGUUUGGUCUUGGUUGGGGGUGACAAGAUCACUGAAGACUUAAGUAAGCGUAGUACCAGCCGGGAACUGUGGUUUGGGAAUUCUCUGAGGAACCAUACAGGGAUUGUAAAGGCCAUGGAGUGGAGGAAACUGGGAGAGAUGCCAGAGCCAGAAAGGUUUAGUCACGAGGUGGCAGUGCUCAGAGGACAGUUGUAUGUGGUUGGAGGAAGGAAUUACUAUGGCUUACAUGACAUUUUGAAUUCUGCUUAUAGGUAUGACCCUCUUCAAAACAGCUGGGAAAGACUGCCUGAUAUGCAGGAAUAUAGAUGCAGCUUCUCCCUGGUUGUCCUGAAUGAAAUGUUAUAUGCCAUCGGAGGGGAUUCAGUCCAACUUAAUCUGGGGAGUGUUGAACGUUUUUGCCUUACUACAAACUCCUGGAGCUUUACCCAUAGCUUGGACAUGGCACUGAGUGGGCACGUUGCAAAAGUUUUAGAUAAGCAGAUCCACAUCUCUGGAGGACUGAGCGAUGGGUACCAGUGUGUGGCAUCCUUGUUUCUGUAUGACCCAGAGAGAGGAAGCACCUACCUGGCAGGCAUGAGCAAACCCCGGGCUCAUCACUGUAUGGAGACCAUGGGCAGCCAUCUCUAUGUAGCAGGUGGAAUAACUGUAGAUGACAACAUGGUUACCAUUGACCAGCUAGCUUGUGAGGUGUACAAUCCAUUGGACAACUCUUGGACUAGCUUCACAUCUCUACCUGUCCCCCAUGUGGGAGCAGGAUCUGCCGUUUUGGAGGGAAAGUUUUAUGUCCUGGGAGGGUACAGUCAGGAGGACUACAGUGAUACAAAGCUGGUCCAUCGCUACGACCCUGCUGCAACACGAUGGGAGAACAUGGGCAGGAUGCCAGGGCCUAACAACGACAUAGGAGCCUCCCUGCUAUGUUUACCUGCACAUUUACGAUCAUGAGACAUUUGGG